UCCGUCGGUUGUUCCUUCCUUCCUGCUUUGCCCGCACGUUUCGUGAUAUGGGGCAGAGCCUCCGGUCCGCCAGCACCACCUGAGGAUCCCGGAAGCCGCCCCCCCGCGAUGGAAGAGGACCAGGAGCUGGAGAGAAAAAUAUCUGGAUUGAAGACCUCAAUGGCUGAAGGCGAAAGGAAGACAGCCCUGGAAAUGGUCCAGGCAGCUGGAACAGAUAGACACUGUGUGACAUUUGUAUUGCACGAGGAGGACCAUACCCUAGGAAAUUCUCUUCGUUACAUGAUCAUGAAGAACCCGGAAGUGGAAUUUUGUGGUUAUACUACAACCCAUCCUUCAGAGAGCAAAAUUAAUUUACGCAUUCAGACUCGAGGUACUCUUCCAGCUGUUGAGCCGUUUCAGAGAGGCCUGAAUGAGCUCAUGAAUGUCUGCCAACAUGUGCUUGACAAGUUUGAGGCCAGCAUAAAGGAAUAUAAGGAUCAAAAAGCAAAGCAGAAAUAAACCCACAUUCUAGUCGCUUAUGCACGCUGCAGGGAGGACUGACCUCUAGGAUAUUCUCCUCGUGAUCAUGCAAAACUCAAAAGUAGAAGUUUGUGAUUACAUCAUGAUCUGUCCUUCAGAAAGUUGUGCUUCUAGCUAUUGAUCUGUUACUGCUGAUGGAAUCCCUGCAAGAACCUUUGUAUUCUUCUAAUAAAUUCCCUCUUUUAUUUAAACUAA